AUGAGUAAACUGAAGCGUACACCAAGCCUAGGAACGAUGCCUAAUUACGGCAGUCACAGUAGUAUUUCAACAAUAGACUCACCUAGUCCGACAGGUGUCAGCACUCUGAACCGACCGGCUCAAGCAUCACAGUCGUUAUAUCCUUUAUGCCGGAAUCUUUUAGACCGACUCCGUUGCGUGAAAGAAUUUGAGCAAUAUUUGAUUCAAGGGCAAAACGCUAUGAAGAAUGAGAAUGGUUCAAAAGCAGGUACCCCGACCUCCGAAAGUGGAUCGAGCAACGACAUCGCUUAUAAGGACCCCGUAAAUCUUUUGUGGACGACCUUUCGGUUGGGUUAUCCCCUGUGUGCACUCUUUAAUGCUCUUCAACCACUAAAUCCAUUAACAGUCGAGGAAGAGAGACCAGGCACCAGUAACAAAAAGCCUAAAGCUAGUGUGUAUAAUUUCCUCGUUGCAUGCAGCAAACAACUAAACCUAGAUCCGGAACAAACUUUCACAAUCUCACAGUUGUAUCAGGAUGACACGAAUGGCUUUGUGAAGGUCAUCAAUACGGUGAAACUGGUCACCGAUAAGAUUGAGGAGAAAGGUCUCCUGGAUUUAUCUAAAAAACAACUUUCACGUAAUUCCGACCCCAUGAAACCUACGGAUAAUAGAGCAAGGGUUGUUCAAGAAUUGCUGGAGACCGAACGAAAAUAUGUACAGGAUAUGGAAGUUUUACAGAACUAUGCGCGAGAACUCAAGAAUCAAGAUGUCGUCAGCGCGGACACAAUUCACUUGCUAUUCGCCAAUCUCAACCAGCUUGUCGAUUUCCAGCGUCGCUUCCUUAUCGGUGUAGAAGCCAUGUCCAGCGAAUCACCCGCGGAACAGCGGUUUGGACAGCUAUUUAUACAAAUGGAGGAGAAUUUUGCGGUCUAUGAGCCCUUUUGUGCUAACUACCAGUCUGCGUCCGAAUUGGUUAUCCGAGAGACUCCAAAUCUACAA